GGGGCGUCUCCGAGCUCUGGGUCUGCGGGUGGGAGAGAGGCUCGAGCAGGAAGGACCUGGCCGGCCACGCCGCUGACCUCUCCGCUGCGCCAGCCGCAGCCUGCUGCACCCCCUCGGAGCAUGGCCCCUCGCUGACAGGGCUGGCCGAAGUUCAACGCAGAGCAAGCCGGAGGAACUUCUCCCUGGGUCAAAUGGCGACUGCAAACAAGGGCACCAAGUCCAAGUCCAAAGUGGGGGGUGUCCGCUUCGCCCCGCCCCAACCGGCAGAGGGGACUUCCAGCCACGUGCACUUUGACGAGAAGCUCCACGACUCUGUGGUCAUGGUCACCCAGGAGAAAGAUGGGAGUUUCUUGGUGAAGGUUGGGUUCUUGAAGAUCCUGCACAAGUACGAGAUCUCUUUCCUCCUGCCCUUCGUGCAGCGGCUGGGGAACGACGUCUGUGCCGCUCAGCUGGCCAACCUGCAUCUCCGCGUGACCAGCAUAGCGGCUGGAUCGGAAGGUUACAACAUCAAAUGCGAGUACACCGCCCACAAAGAAGGGGUCCUCCGGGAGGAGAUUGUGCUCCACAGCCAGACCAAUGACAAAGUCUCCCUCAAGGUGGUCGUGCAAGCCAGGGUGAUGGACCGCCACCACGGCACCCCCAUGUUGCUGGAAGGGGUGAAGUGUAUCGGGGCCGAAGUGGAGUGCGACUCAGAGCAGAGCGAGUGGCAUGGCUUCGACUAGGCCUGCCCACCUCCUCCUCCUCCUCGGCAAACCCGCUCGUCCUUCAAAGGGUUUUCUAUGUAUAAAUAUUUUCCGGUUAUAAAGAGCUUGAAAUGAAAACUCCCACCCCAAAUGUUCGCUGCCUGCCUGACGCAGAUCGUGCUUGUUUCGUGCCCACCCCCAUGGCGCUUGUCUUGUGGGCUUUUGGGGGUGCUGCGCUUUAUCCCCACCCCACCCUCCCACUGGUUUCGAAAAGGCCGUUCUGUGGCAUAAGGCGAGAGCCGUCUCUCCUGCCUUAAAUCUGCGUCUGUGGGUGUGUGGCUUUUUGUCUAAAAGACAAGCGGGUGCACAUGCGUGGGGGACCCCUGUCCCCCCCGAGACCAGUUGUGUGUGUUGAUUUUCCUUCAGGUUUUAGCAUCGUUUCGCUGCCUGCAAAAGCGUUUCCUGCAGCCGUCCUUUUGCAAGGGCUGCGCCUCGCCGAGGGCAUCUCCUUGGCUCAGUUUCCCAAGGCCUGCGGAGCUUGCAAAAGGGGUGCAGAGCGGCCGAGGCCAGCAGCCAUCUCAAAACAGCCAGCAACUGGCUGCUCCCGAACAGCUGCUCAGUGCUGAAAGGCUGCUUGGAGGAGGAGAAAUCUGUGUUCCUUCAGGCGUUUGGAUAACUUAAGGUUAGAUAGCUGGGGAUUACUUAGAGGAGCCUUUGCCAAGCUGGCGCCCUCCUGAUGUCUUUGGACCGCAGCUCACAGCUGAUGGAAGUUCUAGUCUAAAGCAUCUGGAGAGCGCCGGCUUGGUGAGGCUGACUUAGGGCUGCAUCAGUUGCUGGGGACCAAUUUUACACAGCCGCCUGGCCUUUGGGUCGGGUGGUCUCUCUCCUUUUGCCUCCCCCUUCCCCAUCCUCAGGGCAAACAAGCCUUCACUUUCCCAGGAAGGUUCCUCCAGGCAGAUCAGCCUCUGGCAGAGAAAGGAUGGCCACGUCUGCCAAACAAGGCAGCCCGUUAUUUCUACUUUGAGCGGGAAAGUUGGGGCAGCCCCCAAAGGAGAAAAAGCUGCCCGGUUGCCCUGCAAGAGUGCCCCCCCCCCAACUCUUGUUUCUGCUUUGCUGUCGCCUGAGAAGGCUUAUUCCUUCCAAUGGCUUGAACCCUCUGUUGCCUUUCCAGAGAUGCCCCGUGCGAAUCUCUUCUUGUUGCAAGCCAUAUGGUGUCUUGAAAUCCCUGCGUCACAGAAAACCUGUGAUUUGUUAUCUCUUCCUUCCUGCUGCAGUUGGUUUGUUUUUUUUAACGUCUUUUUCGUAUUCAAGAUUUGGACCCUCUGCUCCUGACACACACUGCCAUUUCCUAGUGAAAUCCACCCACGGCCAUUAGAAUGAGGUGGUGGCGUGGCUUAAGAGGGCAGGCUGGAGAGCUUUGACUUUUGGAUUUCGCCCCAAACCCCAAAGCGGUUCCCUGCAACUGGAAAAGUAGCUCUUCAGGGAGCGAGGCUGCCAUAGACUGAUGUGCUAGAUUUUUACUUUCUUCUCCUUUCUCUUUUAAAUUUUAUUUUAAGUUUUCCACUACCUGCAGCAGAACCUCCUGUUUUUGAAAUAAAAUAUCUGCUCCAGCCCCAUAACUAGACCCCUGCCCUCUCAGGAGCAGCAGGGAGGUGAGGGCGCAGGAUGAGACGCAAGGCUCAUCCAUUCUCCAUGGCUGACACCUGUUUCAUCUGUCUGAGGUGGGCACCACUCCACCCCUCCAGUGUUGCUGGACUCCCAUUGUCCCUAACCAUUGGGCCACGCUGUCUCAGGCUGCUGGGAGUUGAAGCCCAUCAACAUCUGGAGAGCUGCAGAUGUUCUGUUCACUUGUUGGAGCCUUGUCUUUAAACAUGGCGCUUCCUCUCUCAGAUGUGUUUUCUUAACCAUUCUCUUUUCUCUCUUUUUUUCUUUUUUAAAAAAGAUUCAUAGUACAAAGACCAGGAAUGUGAUAUACUUAAGAAAGAAACCAAUGGGUUUUUUAUGUGCCUAUAUACAUAUACAUAUAUACAGAUAUAUAUAUAUUCAAAUAAAGUUGUGUGUUUUGGGGGUUUUUUAAAAGCAAAAAAAAUCUCUAAAGGAAAACAAUAAACUUCAGUUGGAACAAAAAAACAACCUUACUCUGGUGUCUGUGUGGAAUGACUGGGGAUGAAGUUGGGGUUUUAAGUUUUCUCUUUUGCAAUGAGGUCCUUUGUCCGUGGCAUCAAGACCCUCUGCAACCAUCUACCCCCCAGCCUGGGGCCUUCCAGGUGGACUACAACUCCCAUCAGGCUGUGCUCCCAUCAGUACCGCAGAGCGCCUGAAGGGGGCGCCAGGUUGGCAAAGUCUGAAUCUUAUGGGUGGGAGACCAGGAGUUGCUCUGCUGCCACCUACAGGCUGGAGCCCAGCCCAGCAUCUCUUCCGGAGCCUCGUCUAGGUCAGUGGUCCCCAAACUGAGUGGGGGAGGGUGUGUGGUUUCCCCAUUGUUCUUUAUCAUGCAUUUUGUGUUUUUAUUUUUUAUUUUUUACGUUGCGAGCCAUCCUGAGAUCUACAGAUGAAGGGCAGCACACACAUUAAAUAAAUAAAGUAAAACUAAGAGGCAGGGGGGGGGGGGCAUGACUAGCAGACCUUGAAAAGCUGGUAUGGCUGGGUCAUCUCUUACUAUUCGAUAUUUAUUUAUACCUUGCCCUCUUCCCUGACGGGGCUCAAGGCAGCUUACAGAUAAAAACCAAGAAUUGCUCAAACAUAGAAACAAACAAACAAACAUUGCAAAACAAUUUAUCCUGGGAAGAAUAAUUAAAACUAUACACACAUCUAGUUUGCUGAAAUAAGCAAACUAGCUUCAGUUGGGCUUUGAAUAAAUGUUGCAAUUAAUGGUUGUUGUUUCAAAUGUUUACUAUCUUCCUUGAUGGGUUGUGCAAACCGCUAUUCCAGAUCCUGCUUUUCGUAGGGGAGGCCCUGGGGAUGAGUCUGUGGUACCAAGACGGCCACGGCCUCCAAAACUUUGGGGACCCCCUGAUCUAGUUUGUUCAGGGUCAGGCAGCAAGAAAGCAAGUCAUUUUACCUGUUGUUAAUUCUCAUUUCAGUGCCCCAAAAUCCCUCCUGCACGUGUGACAUAGCUUUCCUGCAGAUUGCUGGUCCUCCUGGCAACCCAAGCCACCCUCCCUCUGGCUGACGGAGGCUCCCCAGCAAUGGAAAGUCUUCCCCAACCAUCAUUGCAGGGGGUUGGACUAGAUGACCCUCGGGUCCCUUCCGGUCUUAGAGUUCUAUGAUUCAGGAAGCCAAGAGUAGAUCUGUCUGCCAAGCAUUCCUCCUGCCUGACCAAGGAAUUGUAGAGUUGGAAGGAACCCCCCCCCCAAAA